AUGGUUCUAAAACAACACAUAUCGGAUGCCUUCAGAACACUGGGACUUACUCCGGAUGUGGACUUCGAUGAGGCCAAACUUGUCUACAAGAAGCUCGCCUUGAAGCAUCAUCCUGAUCGAUGCUAUGGGGAUGCAGAGGCAACUGAGCGCUUCCAGGAAGUAGGCGCAGCUUGGGAAAUCCUGCAAGAGCAUUACGAAGACCCGGCUGCCAGUGAGGAGAUGGAAUUCAGUGGCAACCAUGGCCAUUUUACAGCCAGGAGUUUCGCUCAAUAUAUGUUCAAGAUGGAUAUGGAAGAGUUCCUGUUCUUCUGCGUAUACCAAUUCGACGAAGAGAUGGCAAACCGUCACGAUAGAAGACAACGCGCACGCUUCAGGCGACAACGGCAAGGCGCGUCGGGAUCGGGCGUUUAUGGCUUCAGCCCAUUUUGGGUUUCCGAGCAACAAGGCCGCCAAGAGAAUCAACGUUAUACUCGUCAGGCGCAGGCUAAGGUCAAUGAAGAGUACGCCGCGCGCGUGCGACGGUGGGAGAAGCAAUUGGCAGCGGAAGAGGCUGAGCUGCUCCGUACGAGGAAAGAGGAGAUCGCGAUGAGCCGGGAGCGCCAGCAAGCUCGUGGUCGUGCGAUGACGGCCGGCCAUGCCGGCGAUUUCAUAACGAUGAGAUCGGUAAUCGAGCAAUAUGACAUCGAUGUCAACGCCGGAAAAGACGGUUUCGAUAGGAUUCUGCACGUCGCUGCGCGCAAAGGCGAUGCCGACAUUUUGAACUUCCUCGUUGAGUCUCGGCGAGCUGACUUGACCUGUCUUAACGGCGAAAAAUUAACGCCGUUCCAUGUCGCAGCGAAGUACGGCAACUUGGAGGCCGUCAAAUACUUCAUCGACAUCCAGCGCUGCCAUCCGUCGAAGGCGGCGGAGAAUGGGCAGACGCCGCUCCAGCUCGCGAUGGGCUCUGUAUCUCAUGCGAAAGAUGUAGACACGCUGGCUCACCUAGUGGCUCUCUUGGUGAAGCCUGCGCCGGUUCAUGAUGUCACGAGAUGCUGGUCGAUAAUCGAGAAUGAGAUGGAGAAAGCCGACGAAGACAUGCGGCAGACGCUCACGAAGAUUAAGGAUGCGCUAUUGACAAAGAACGGGUUCGUUCCAUAUGACUUCCCCAGCAGACCCUCAAGCUCGCAAGCGGACAGUGAUUCCGCAUCACCGGGAUUCGGUGAGGGUCAAUCGAAGAAAGCGCGUCUGCGAAGAAAUCGGCGUGAGAGGGAGGAGAAAGAGCUCAAGGAAGCGAAGCUGCGGAAGGAGGCGGAAAAGCAAGCACGAGUUGAUGCCGAUCUUCGCAAGAGUGAAGAGAACAAGCGUCGGGAGCAGGAACGGCGCGACAGAGAGAUGGCGGAACGCUUGCGCAUAGAAGAGGAGGCUAGGCAGAAGGCGGAACAAGAGCAAAUGCAACGAGACGCGGCGAUAAGAGCCGAGCAGGAAGCAGCAUGGAGAGCCGAAGCGGAAAGCGAACGUUUACGGGAGCUGCAACGGCAACAGGCGGAAGCAGCCGAGAGGGAGAGGUUGGAGAGGGAGCGAAUCACAUUAGAGGAGAGGGCGAGGCAGAGGGCGGAAGCCAAGUCAAGGAAGGAGGCGGAGGAGCGUGUGAGGUAUGAGCAACAGGCGAUCAAGGAGAAGGCAAAGCGGGAGGCGGAGGCCAAGCGACAGGCAGAAGAGAAAGCUAGACACGAUAGAGCGGAGACAGAGGAAGAGGCGAAGCAAAAGGCAGAGCUGAGGGCCAGACGGGAGGCAGAGGCGCGCGCACGAGCCGAUGUCGCACACAGGGCACGGAUGGAGAAAGAGGCUGUAGAUCAGCUUGCGAGGGAGCAGGAGAAGGCAAGGAGGCAGGCCAGGUCGGCGGAAACCGAAAGACGGCAAAUGUUCGAGAAGCGUGAGCGGGAGCGUGCGGAGGCGCAGAGACAUGCAGAGGCGGCCAGGGAGGCAGAGCUGAGGAAGACGAAAAUACAGGCGUUCGUUCCGAUCUCGCCUCCACUCACGCCCGUCGCAGUGCGCAUGGCCUGGGAUAUGACCGAAGAACCCUUCCAAACCCAGACGGCCGACAUGGAUUCAGCAUUGUUCGACCCACCGAUGAAGCGGGGAGCAAUGUCGCUCGAGCCUGAGGCGUUCAAGAGGCCGUCGUACACUUCUCUUUAUGAAGAUUUCCAAACGGCCGAACAGGACUCAUAUUUGUUCGGAGGACCAGCGGAUCCGUUCGAGCCUUCAGCCGUCGUGGUCAAGAUGGCGUCGCGUCGACAUGCAUCGGCUGAAGCACAUGGAAACCGUGGACGAGGUCGCGGCCGCGGCCGUGGCCAGUGGAGAGCGAGGAGCCGAGGGCGGGGCCGCGGGAGAGGCGCAGCAGGGCAAACCUGAGACGAUGGUUCAUACGACCUUGCUGCCGCAUACCUCAUGCAGCGCGAACUCUCUCGAAUCAGAAUCACCCAACAGUACCGUACCCGAUCACAGUUCGGCUCAUUCAUUGCAACAAUUCAUCCACCCCAUAUACAGAUAGUCA